UUUAGGGGGAUAUGGAGAGGAAAUGAGAUGUGGGGUAAGGUGGGCGGGUUGGGAACAGGAGUGGGGAUGGGUGGAUAUGAGAAGGGUUUUUGACACUUUUUGGGGAUGGGUGUUUAGGUAUGUGGAAUGUUUUGGAGAGGAGGUAGUGGUUUAGAGUUUAGAAGAAUGUGGAGUGUUAGAAAAGAUGACGACACAAAGGAAGAGAUUAUAGAAAAGUUGGAAAAGUUAGAUGUUUCUCAAAAGGCAGCAGUAUUGAAAAGGGUAGAAUUAUUGAAAAAGGAUGCAUUAUUGUAUAAUUUUAAGGCUUGAUGAAUGAGUAACUCUUCUCAAACGUGGGAAAAUUCCAAAUUUUAUUAUAUAAGAAUCGACAAAAUCAGAACAAAAUAUUUAGACGAAACUCUCCAGUUGUUUUUAAAGAAUACAAGGCAAGCUGAGCUUGAGUUUGCAGAUACUUGAACAGUAUUUAGAAUGGCUCAAACAAAAAUUACUUUAAUGAAGACAAUACAUCGCUUCUGAAUACUGAAAAUUACUGGAAUAUCUCUUACUUCAAAGCAAUUCAUUAAGCUUAUUAUGAGUGGAACCUUUCUUGAAACACUUGUCCUUUGAGAUAGUGAGAUUAUAGGACCUAAACUCACUUUUGCUUGCCCAAGAAGCUUACCAUUGCAAGAAUUUGUGAUGUUUGAGAGAGAAAUAAACCCAACAAGAUAUGCCAGAAAUAUUGAUUAUUACAGGACAAUUUUAGAGAACCUAGAUCAGUGAAAGUUUACUGAUGCAUUAGACUACAUUCUUUUCGAAAAUACUGACCUCCAAGCUCCCGAAUCCCUAGCACUUGAACAAACAAUCAGUGGUCUGAAAGUUAAAUUUAUCACCAAAUAAUAUACAAAUUA